GACAACGUGUGAGAUGAGAUAUAAGUAAUUUAAGUUGCCUGGAGUUCCUGAAAUAUUGAGUUCGGGAUAUUUCUCGUAUGUAAAAUGGCGAAUACAAAUCUUCAAUUCAAGACCAAUUACGCUGUUUCCAGCAAGAUCGAGCCUUUUUACAAAGGAGGCAAAGUGCAGAUCAGCAAAGAUGAAAAAUACAUCUUUUGCACAUGUGGAUCUCGUGUCAAUGUUUUGGAGAUUAGCACGGGAAAGAUCGUCCACUGUGUUGAGCAUGAUGAUCAGGAGGACAUCACAUCGUUUGCACUCAGCUGUGAUGAUGAGAUGCUGGUCACAGCCAGCAGGGCUCUGCUGCUGAAGCAGUGGGACUGGAGGCAGGCCAGCUGCACUCGGUCCUGGAGGGCGAUUCACACCAUUCCUGUAGCCAGUAUGACCUUUGACUCCACCUCUACGCUCCUCGCCACGGGUGGCUGUGAUGGGACUAUAAAGCUUUGGGAUGUGAUGAAGCAGUACUGCACGCACAACCUUAAAGGCUCUUCUGGUGUUGUACACUUGGUCCAGUUCCACCCAGACAUCAAGCGCCUGCAGCUCUUCUCCUCGUCGCUGGACUGCGGCAUCCGGUUGUGGGACCUUCGCUCCAGCCAGUGUGUGUUUGUCCUGCAGAGCCACUACAGCGCCGUCACCUCGCUCAGCUUCAGCCCUGACGGCGACACCGUGGUCAGCUCUGGACGGGACAAGAUCUGUACAGUGUGGGACCUGAAAACUCGCCAGGCCAAGAGGACUGUUCCGGUGUAUGAGGCUGUGGAGGGCGUCGUGCUUCUGCCUGAGAACACAGACUUAUCUGAGAUUGGAGUGAAGAGCAAAGAGUUGCAUUUCAUCACAGCUGGCAGCAAAGGUGUACUGAGGGUUUGGGAGGCCGGCUCGGCCCGUUGUGUCUACACCCAGUCCCUCCCCGCCACCCUCACCUCCGUCUACGAGGAGGAGAAAGAGGAGGAGGAGCAGGACAAUCCUCGCAGUCUGACGUACCUUUUCCACCUGCCCGCCUCCUCCAGACUCGCCACGGUCACUGCAGAACACAACAUCCUGCUCUACCAGCUGCCUGGUCUCAGCACACAGCAGCAGUUUGUGGGUUACAGCGACGAGGUGCUGGACGUGAAGUUCCUGGGUAAAGGCGACAGUCACAUCGUGGUGGCCACCAACAGCUGCCAGCUGAAGGUGUUCGAGCUGCUCACCAACAGCUGCCAGAUCCUCUACGGACACACAGAUACUGUCCUCACACUGGACGUGUUCAAGAAAGGGUCCCUCUUUGCCAGCUGUGCGAAGGACAGGUCGGUGCGUGUCUGGCAGAUGGACGGUGACGGUCAGGUGCGAUGUGUGGCUCAGGGCUCCAGCCACGCCAACGCCGUGGGCUCCAUCACCUGCUCCAGGAUGAAGGCGUCUUUCGUGGUGACCGGCAGUCAGGACUGUACGGUGAAGGUGUGGGACCUGCCAGCAGACUUUCCUACAGCAGGGGAGGAGAUCCAUCUGCUGACUGCUCGCGCCACGGAGAAGGCUCACGAUAAGGACGUGAACAGCGUCGCCGUGUCUCCCAACGACAAGCUGCUGGCUUCGGGCUCCCAGGACCGAACCGCCAAGCUCUGGUCCCUGAGCGGAGACGGGACCGUGGGCCUGCUGGGGGUGUUUCGGGGUCACCGCCGCGGCGUCUGGGCCGUCUGCUUCUCACCUGUCGACCAGGUGCUGGCUUCCUCCUCUGCAGACGGCACCACCAAGCUGUGGAGCCUCCAAGACUUCAGCUGCCUCAAGACGUUCGAGGGUCACGAUGCGUCCGUUCUGAAGGUUGUGUUUGUGAGUCGAGGCACUCAGCUGCUCACCAGUGGCUCCGACGGUUUAGUGAAGCUGUGGACCAUAAAGACCAACGAGUGUGUGAAGACGCUGGACGCCCACCAGGACAAAGUGUGGGGACUCCACUCCAGCCGCAAGGAUGACAAGAUGGUGACGGGCUCGGCCGACUCCAACAUCACCGUGUGGGUGGAUGUGACUGAAGAGGAGGUGGCAGAGGAGCAGGCCAAGCAGGAGGAUCAGAUACUCAAGCAGCAGGAGUUGUCCAACCUGCUCCAUGAGAAGAAGUAUCUGAAGGCCCUGGGUCUCGCCAUCUCGCUGGACCAGCCGCACACCGUGCUCACUGUUAUCAAAGCCAUCCGUCAGGGGGAGAACAGCGGCGAGCUGCUGGAGAAGACGCUGCUGAAGCUUCGGUUGGAUCAAAAAGAGUCGAUCCUGCGCUACUGUGCCGUGUGGAACACCAACGCCAGGAACUGUCUGGACGCUCAGGCCGUCCUCCAGGUGCUGCUCACUCACCUGCCGCCCGAGGAGCUGCUGCAGUACCAGGGAGCCCGGACUCACCUGGAGGGGCUCAUCCCGUAUACAGAGAGGCACAUGCAGCGGAUCGGCCGUCUGCUGCAGGCGUCCAUGUUCCUGAACUACAUGUGGCAGAAAAUGAGAGUCGCUGGAGCAGCUUCUGGCGUUGACCAGGAUGAAGAAAUGGAUACUACUCCUCUGGCACAGCCUUUCUUUGUAAUCGACAAGGAGGAAGCAAAAGGCAGCGGCGAUGAGAGACGAGACGAUGGCAGCGACAGCGGAGAAGACGAAGAUCCAAACGGCCUCAGAGAAGAUGAGGCUGAUGAGGUCAGCGUCACCAAGAAAGCCUCCAGCAAAGCUCAAAACGGGACGAGCUCUCAGACCAACGGGGACCAUCGGUCUGACAGCGAGGAGAGUUCAGAGGAGGAAGAAGACGAGGAGGAAGAAACGACGGUGAAGAAAUGUCUUCCUGUUUCUUGUUCUGCUGCACAAUGCCCGAGUUUAGCCAGCUGACAAGGAUCAGCAAGAAGCUUCCUUGUCUGGGACUGUUGGCUGAUCAGAACGUGGGCAGUGCAGAGAAACAGGCAGAAACAAUCCCACUGCUCACCAGACUUCAAAUCUAAACCAGACUGUGCAUCGACCUCUGGGGAUGAGACUGAACUGCUCCAGACGGAGCUAUCACAUCCUCCUGAACCUGAUCCACUGGUUCGACCAGCUACCUUGUGCAACCUCAAAGCUUCCUCAUAUAACCGUGUUUUUUUAUGUCAUGACCACAAAUGUUUAUAAGAAUUAAAGAAAAAUGCCUGAGGUUUGACAGGAGUUGCAUUUUUAAAAAAUAAUAAUAUUAUAUUCUGAAAUGUCCAAAGAGGCUCCUUUAGAACCUGCUCACAUGUUAAGUUGCUGCCUGAAAGAACUCAGUUGCUUUGCGUUGACAUGAGGUUUUGGUUUCCUCAUAUGUUGGUGAAGCUCCUGUUGUGCUUCUCAGCUCAACUGUAGUAAAUGAACGGUUGCACGAAAGGAGUCUCGAUCACAGACUUUCUGGGAGAUGAUGCCAGUCUUUGCCGUUUGCAGUUUGGAUAUUCGUAUCUGAGGGUUGUGAGAAAACUCAGCCAGUUUUUCUGCCUUUAAACAUUCAUCUCUCGUUAAACGCGUUGAAACAGUUAAUCGACUGACAAAAAAAUUAAUCAGCUGUUCCCAUCUUCAAUUAAAUGAAUCAUUACUUCG